GUGGGAAUGUAUUAAAACUUAAGAUGGCGGUGUAUGAAUUUGGUGUUUACGAUACACUUUAGUGGAUACAUUUUUGCAACUCAACGAAGUUCAACAGCAAAUAAAUAAGUGUGUUUAUUCACUAGGACAAACACAAAACAUCCUUCAGCUUCCUCAGAGUCUUGCUACUAAUUAUACCAGUCCUUUCAACAGCAUCCUGAAUACAGACCAACAACAGCCUUCCCCGCUUCACUCCAGGUCCCUACUAUUUCAGGCAGCAGAAAAGUUGGCUUCUUAGUUUCCAUAUAAAGACUGUUCACAAUCACUGAUACACUGUUAUUUACUCUAUCCUAGUGUCUUCCUGUUCUGGUUAAAUAGUGCACUCGUGCACACCACAAGCACUGGUAAUGGAGCGCACUAUAAAUUGAAGAAAGAGUUCCUGGAGAGUUAACCAUGGACCCUAAUCACUGGAAUACUUACAACCUCCAGUAUGGACACUCAACUACAGGUGGUCUGACUCCUACGCAUUCUUCACUUAACCGACUUGACCUAACUUCUGGUCUUGGGCUCAGUCACCAGCUGCAAGCAUCAACCACCCCUAUUGGCAGUAGGUCAGUCACGGCUAUACCAACAGUCAACUACAGUCUAGGCAUGCCUCUGCUUGACACAAUGUCUACCCAGCAGAGUCACAAGAGCAUGUCAAUAGGGCAGGGUCAGCUUUUGUUUGAUUCUCAACUUAGAGUUGCACCUGAACAGCAGUCUCCAACAUUUAGCCGAUAUGAAAGCUCCAAAGCCCUUGCACGAGACUCUGUGACCAGGACUCAGCUACUUGAAGCUGCUAGGUUAUGGCCACCUUCCUCAUCCUUGUACAAUCAUCAGUUUUUACAAGAUGUUCCAGUAUCCAACAUGGGAAAUCUGUCUGUCUCUCCAGGUUCUGGCAGUGGAAAUAUUACGUCAAAGUCCAACCAACUACAGAUGCAUGACCCACCUCCUGCUCAUAGUUCUAAUACAGCAAGAAUAGCUCAAAGAAGCUCCCAUUCUACAGAGAUACUUUAUGGGAGAAACACAGAAUCCAUUCUGCCAUCCAGCCUAGCUCAGAUAUAUAGCUCAAAUACCAUGGGAAAGCAGUCUUUUGGCAAUAAUAGCCAGCAACAAACUCAUCGCUUAACUGAAAUUCACAGCCAGCCGUCAUAUUCUUCCCACAAUGACAUUGAGGACCUGUCUUCUAAUUCUCAAGGCCAGCUCUAUGGCUCAUAUGCAAAUAUCAGUGAUCCUCAGGAAUUUUCCUCAGCUCAAAUGUCAGGUGAUUUGAGCUAUGAGGCAGUUAGCCCAGCGCCUCCAAUGAAUGAAAACUUACAGGUUGGUCAAGAGCAGUCUAAUUUCUCCAUUGUUCAUUUCCCAGAUCUGGCAAAUCUCACUUCAGAACAUGCCCACACUCUAGCCGACAAAUUCCAAGAAAAUGACUUUCGUCUGAAGAUGGACUCCAACAGGCUUCAGCAGCAGGACAUCUUGUCAUCUCCAAUCUCUGGUCAGAGACAGGACUUGGGAAUGACAUUAAAAAUCCCAAAAGACAGCCUUCAUAUGCUGUCUAUGCAGGUUAACCAGCGUAGUAAUCAGUUCCAGUCAAACAUAAUGAUGAGUCAAGGAAUGAGCAUGUUGCCAAGUCCAGGAAACACUAUGAACAUUAAUCACUCUUCCUCUCUAAGUCAAGUAACUCUGAACAACUCACUUACAACUUCCUCUAUGCAGCAAGCCCAGACCCCCAUUCCCAUUCAAGCCCUUGCAGACUCCACUACUAAACCAAAGAGAACUAGAAAUCGAAAAAAGAAAGAUCCACCCCAAUCUAACAGCCCUGUUAAUGAAAUUAAGAAAUCCAGCUCUCAGCCAAUGCCAUUGUCCCAACAUAAUAUCCUAAACAUGCCUCCUGCUUCUCCUCAUAUAUCUACGUUACCCAUGGGGGUACACGUGAGCCAGGCCAGCCAUAUGCAGCAGCCAAACUUCAGAAACUCUGGCAGCAGUAACCAGUUUACCUCAAGAGACGUUCACAGGGCACAGACCCCCUCCAUGCCUCAAAACUACUCUUUGCAGGAUCAUCAGAACCAUGGAUAUGCCCCUUCCCAGAGUCCAAAGAUUGCCACAACACCCAAUCAAAAUUUGAUGAGAACUCAAGGUGACUUUGUAUUGCCUAAUCGAAUGGGUAAUGAUAAAACAUCUUCUACUUUUAAGCUGACCCCACCACAGCAGAGAAAGUCCACCGAAUCCACCAUUAAAAGCAGUAAUUUCCAAAGUAGUCAGUCCUUUAGAUCUAACAUUCCAGACAAUCAGCAGCACAUUCAAAGCUUUGUGAGUCUGGCAGGGCUUAUGUCCAAUAAUGGCCAGCAGAGAAGCUCCCCUAUGCAAGAAAACCAUUCUAAUUUGAGCAGGCUGACAAACUUUGCUGAACACCCAUCACAGCAUAAAAUAGUGAGCCAAAUGUCACCCCUUGGGCAGCCAUCUCCUCAGGGUGCGGAUAAUAGCUAUGGAGGUAGUAAAGCCAUGAUAGGACAUGUAGGGCACAUGGGUUCCCAGUCCAUGGCAAUAGCUCACUCCCCAAUAGACUCACGACCAGUCAGUGUAGAUCAUAGCUAUGAUCCUGGUCACAAUCCAGGAUUAAUAGACUCACAGGACACUCAUCAAUUCCAUCUAGAUUUUUCUGGGCAGCCUUUCCUGGAACAACUAGUUGGGGUACAGCAACCACUCACUGUCCCAUCAUCAGGUUUUGGGCACUCUUCUGCUGAAAGUGGAGAAACCGUGUUCACCACACUGGUCUCCCCCUCUGAAUCAACCAGAAUACAACAGCAGAAUGACUCAGCCAGCAAUGAUGGCAAUUUCAGACCAACCUACCAUGGAGAAGCUGUCCAUGAAAUUCGCCCAGUUGGAGCUAUUGGCAGUAACCUUAAUAUGGACGAUGUAUCAUUCAAUGCCUUUUUUGAUACUCAGCGAUCCUUGGAUCAAGAUGGAAGUCAGUCUUAUGCUGCCUCAGAACCAGAGAAAAUGACUUUGACUUUUAUGCCACAUGUUGUAGAUGAUGAUGAGCUGGGGCACUUUACUUUGUCUACCAUGGCUCAACCUGUUGUGAUGGUUAAGAAAGGCAGAGAAGAUCCAGCACAGAAAAGGGAUUCAUUUCAGGAUUCUUUUAUGAGCUAUCUUCAAGGUCACAAACAGGAAACCUUGUCAAGCGUUUCUUCCUCUGCAGUGACCAAGAAACCUCAGCUGCCCAAGUAUAUACCUGAGCCUCGAAGGCCUAGACCAACUGUGCAGCGGAAAGAAAGCUCCAAUUUCUCAGACAGUGAGGAUGCUCUGAGAGACUCCCAUUUUAGUGAUAAUGAUUCCUCUCACAAGAGUGAUAGUGACAGAGAGGGCUACUCUGUUCAGAGAACUAGCGAACUGGCUGUGAAAAUUACCUUACCUAAAAGUAAGAAGAGGAGUAGGUUUGGACCUUUUGCAGAGUCUACCCUUUUAAAAGACAGCAUGCGCAAAAACAAAGAGGGGGUGGUGAAGCGCAGGAGGCGGAGGCAGAAACACAAGGAAAAUCCUGACCUUGGUGAGGACUUUUGGCCAGGUAAUGGUUCAGAGGAAGAAGAUGGUAAAAAAUUUCAGCCUGAGGUACCCUUGCCUUCACCUCCUCCAAUGAGAACAUCCAUCGGGAGGAAAGCUAAAGAGAAGUGUUUGGAGAAGACGGCAAAGCAAAAAAAUUUCUCUGGAUCAGAUAGCAGUACAGAAGAAGAGUAUGUGCCUUAUAAGGGUAAAAGUAAUUUGAAAAAUGAUGAUUCUGAUAAAAACUAUGAUUCAGACAAGGAUCCAGUUUGGAUGCCUUUUGCUGUGGAUUUAAAACAAGGACAUGAUUUUGAAGACAAACGGAAGAAAGUUAGGCGGUCUCGUGUGAGAAUGUCCAGCACAAAAUCGUCAAAAUCAUCCAGUCGUCGCUCAUCACAGACUGCAUCGGUAUCCACAUCACCGGCUGUACAGAGUACUGACAAAAAUAGUGGAUUGUCACAGACCGGUGAGAUACCAUCAGCCGAUCAGGAAGAAAGUCACUUUCAGAUUGGAAUGUAUAUGAUAGAGAAAAAGGACUUGCAAAACUUUGAAUCCUAUCCAAUCUGGCGCCUUGAACCAGGAAAUUUGAUCAGAAAGUUUGAGAUGUGCACUGAUAAUAAUUUGGUUCAACAUGUUGCAGUUGGAACGUUUUCAAACUGGGUAAAAUCUAUGGAGACUCAGUUUGAACCAAUUAAAGUUAAAGAGGUUCAGUCUGACUCACUUCGAGUAGAAGUUAUUAAAGAAUAUCGACCCAAACCACCUAGCAACAAAAGGCUUGAGGUUCAGUAUGAAGAUGAUCCUCUCGUGGAAACAUUUAAUGUAUAUCUUCAGGUUUUACUCAGCCAGGCUCUGGAGCCCACAUUUCUCUCUGCCAUUCAUGAUGCUGAUGAAAAGUUUUAUGUUGACCCACUCAAUCAAAUUGAUUGCAUGAUAGAAAAUAAAUGUCAGGAAAUAACCAGACAGGCUCACUGGAAGGCUUCAUUUCUGGAAUGCCUUCACAGAUGUCCUUUAAUGAAAGAAAUUGACCGCCCUAAUUUAAAACAGCCUUGUCAGGCGAGUGAAAAUUCAAGUCCACCAACGAUAAAAUCAGUAGUGCUUUAUGGUACACCUUAUGAUAGAUUUUUGUUGACCGAGCUUCCAAAUCACACUUCUGAUAGUGCUCAGGAAUUUAUGAUUGGUAAAGUAGCUGCCCACUAUGUCCGAACAUACCAUAAUCUCCAUCAUUUCAAGUACUGGCUGCGUCAGCGUUGUGAAGCUAAAGUUAAAAUGAUGAAAGAAAGCAACAGAGCUGAUAGCAUUUCAAAUGAAAUCAUCCUUGAUAAAUGUUUGGAAAACACUACCUGGGUUUUAUCUCUGUUUGAUAAUUUGAAGAACUUGCUGAAAUUUGGAGGAGAAAUGCCAAGAUAGAGAGAAUGCCUUUUGAUGAGUUUGGAGAGGCAGCCUUUGCAACAUAUACUCUAUUGUGCAAAUGAUCACUGACUCUUGACUUAGUCAAUUGGUUCUGUCAGGUUUACAUUAAUUCCCUCAGAUCUCAUUGCUCAUGUCAUCUAAGUGUUCUUAUCUGUGUUUCAGGAAGAAAAAAAAAAGUAAAAAAACAAGUUUUUACUUUUAAACAACACAAACCAGGGGAAAAAAUCACCCUUUUUUUGUCUUUCUUUAAUAUUUUCAUGUAUAAAGUCAGGAACAUUGGUCCUAGAAACAUGAUAGUGUAUUGUUGUAUAGUUUCAUGUUGCAACUAAGAGUCCAGUUGCUCUAUGUUUCAUUGAAGUUACAAUAACUACACUCUUCUUCUUCUGCGUUCCACUUAUUUAAUACUUUUCCUGAGUUGAUUUCAACUAUUAGUCCAGUUUUAUAUAAGAUGAAUGGAGCUGCGAUAUUCACUAUAUCUGGAGUUUACUAUGUAAUAAACUCCCUGUAACCAACUAAUUAAUUGAUUUCAUUGAAAUAAUAACAUUUCAAUCUAGAAAGAGCUUGACUGUAAAUCUCUUGUAGAGUGUUUUUGUUGUUGUUUUUUUUGUAAUGAGAUAAUUAUGAUUUUUUUCCCCAUGCAUAUUUUGUGAUAAUGUUUAAGAUUUUUUGAAAAUAGAUAUUCAGGACAUUUUCAAAAAAUCCUUUUUUUUUUAAUCUUCUUUCAAAUGGUGAAUUAAUUUAAAUUUCUUAAGUAAAACUCUGAGCACCUGGAUAUAACUAUUGUGAUUUCUUUGUAAUGUGAUAUCAAUCUUGGUACGCUUUGGUGUCUUGUUUUUGUUUUUUUAUAGUGUGCUUGAAAUGAUCUUUUCUGUACAUUCAUAAUGAAUUGUGAACUGCUUGUAUCACAGAUUGCUAGUUAUUGAUAUUUCUUUUCAUUGUUGUUGAUGUACAAUGUGAACGUAACAAAGUCAUGAGAUGUACUACAAGUAUUAUUACAAGUGUUUCUUGUAGGUUCUGCUUUAGUGUCGCUGAUCUUUUCCAAGCAUAUUUUUUUACUUCUUUAAACUAAAUCAAAGCUUUAUUCUAGUCCUUGAGGAAAUAUGUCAGUUUUGGGCGGAUCCCCAAACAGUUUUAAUGUUUGUUUUUGGUUUUUAUGCAUUUUUAUAAAACUUUAAAGACUUUUGCUUGUUUUUAUGUGGUUGCUCUUUUCACAUUGAUACAAUUUAUAAUUAAAACAAUUUUUGUACUUUAAAUUUUGUUUUGAUAAUCGAGUGCUAUAUAGUUAGUUAGGGGAAUGGCAAAAUAGCAAAGGUAUUCAUCUUGCUUACUUAAAAAUUAAACUUACAUGUCUUAAAUUUGACAUUGAAAAUGUUAUUGUUAGAUAAAUAAUCAUUCUGAAGAGGUCUCUUGACUGCUGUACAGAUCCAAUAAAAGGAUUACAUAAAUUAUUUAAAAAAGUAUAUUCCAGUAUUCAAAAUAAAAUUUGUUAAAUUACAUUUUUAGUUCUUCUAUACAGUUCCUAUAUAUUGGUGUAACAAGACUGUCUAAUGCUUGUCUGCUCCAAUCUUCUAGCUUCUAUUGGCAUCUUACCUUCACCUUUGUUCCAACAGUCAUUUCAUCCCAAUGAUUUAGCAUCUCCUUCUUGUUUUGAAUACAUUGUGUCAUUAGAAUCAAUGUGUGGAGAUUUAAAAGCUAUUGAAAUAAUAUUAGGUUUUCAUUUCUCUUUGGAUCAAGUGUUAGUUUUUCUAUUGAUUUACUCAAUAACAUUCCCACUUUUCAAAUGAUAAGAAAAUAUCUGGGUCUACGCAAAAAUGUCUGUGCAAUUUAACAGGGAAUAAGUCCUAUGUUUGCUCUCUCUAUGUUGGUGAUUGAGAUGGUCCGACUUUUGCUAGUGGUUUAGACAAAGAAGAUCUUGUAGGAAUAAUGGAAAUAAUUACUGUUUAGAAGAGUAAUUGCAAUUCCCCCCCCCCCCCCCCCCGGGAGCUUGAAGUUUUUAUAUAAACAAUUUAUCUAUAUAAAAUGAAUUUAUUAUGCUUACAAAUCACUAUAUUUAUUGCAUUGGGGAAGGGGGGAUAUAUUUACUGAGAAAAUAUUUCUACUUCAACUCAAUGGCUUGUAAUAAUUGUUUCACUAAUACUUAUCUUUCUUAACAUAAAAAUGAAUUCAAUAUGCUUGCUGUGUUUUAACUGUAUUCACUGUUAUUAUUGUACAAAGAAAAAAAUAUAUUUAUUUUAGAGAAAUUGUUUCUAUUUAACGAGAGUCCUAUAUCUUCAAUAAGAUCACUUCUUUAUUUCUGUUAAACUUUUAUUUGUUUCUUUAUUGCAGUACAUUUGUUAACUCCUUGAAAUGAGAAAAGUUAUUUUAAAUUGUUCUUAUGGUGAAAAGACAUUUGUGACUUAAAAGCAGAUGAUUUGGCAUAGGGGAAAGUUUAUUUGAAUUAGAUCUUACAUUGUUGACCAGCUGGGGUCAGCCAGGACCAGACAAGCCUCAACCCCCCCAACUACAUCACUUUAUUGGUGCAAGGUAUUUUAGAACAUUGUACAAAAUGGUACACGUUAUAGGUCUCUGCCUGACAGCUUUGCAAAGAUGGUUGCACUGUGCUGCAGUUGGAUUUUUUUGUUCUUCUGUGAAUUAUUUGGCAUCAGGAUUUGGAAUCCUGUGUAGAGAUGAGACUGAUAUGCCAAUCUUAUGUAUCCUAACAAGUUGUAUUUCUUGCUUAUUGGAUGGUCAUUCUAUAUAAUAAAAAUAUAAACCUAUUCUAAAUAGAAAUCGUAUAUGCACACAUUUUAUAUCUAUAGUAAAUUUGCACUUUAUUUCUAGACUAGUAUAUAGUAAUAAUAAUCUAUAUGAACUAUUUGGCUAAAAAUGCAGAAAUUGUACUCUAGCUUUAUGGUUGUUCCUGUGUUCACUUGACUCUUAUGAUUAUGAUCAAUCUGUUGGCCUUACAAACCUUAGAAGCUCUGGGCCAUGGACAUUGAUGAUGAUUUGUUUUUUUUCUCUAGAUCUCAGAUGGGAUUUCUUUUUAUGUCACUUUACCUUAUUCAGAAACUAUUACGUAUUUCAUGUUAUUGAAGGCAUUCUUCUCUUGCUCAUUAUUGUGAUUAGAAUGCGAGGAAAGAUAAUGUAUUUGUUGGUUUCAAAUGAUCAUUUUCAUUUCCAAAUUGAACUGAUGGACUUUUGUUUGCCAUUUCAUAUUAUUUAUUGACACAUUUAUUGAUAUGAGUUGUAAAUAAAAGCUUUUAGAAAUUUUGGUCUAUUGUUCAUGAACAUACUGUUUCUGAAAUAUGUUCAAUUUUGGAAGAAACAGAUGAAAAGAGAUUGUGCAUAAAAAUGUAUGUUUAUGAAAAAAAACUUCUAGCAAAACUGUUUAGUAUUGAAAUUUAGGAUUCAUGUACAUAUGUUUUUAUAAAUCCAAUAUAUAUAGGUGACUAGUUUCAUAAAUAUUUAUAUAAAUAUAUAUGUAUUGUGGAUAUUAAUCUUUUAACUUACAUUUAUUUGAGAAAAGCUUCAAUUUAAACAUGUGUUCAUUAGUUUCCUCUUUGUUUUAUAUAAUCUGUAAAAGUUAGACUUAAUGUCUGGAGAUGGAUGGCUAUGAAGAGCUAGCUAUGAUCUCAGUUCUUUGAUUGGGAGAUGAAGGGGGGUCUUUUGCUUCUAUCUGGUCAAAACUUAGUUUUAUUAAUUAGUUUUAUUAAUUUCCACUCAAAGCAAAAAAACAUUGUUUUACCUUUUAUGAAAUUUUAUUUUGAAUUUUCUAAGCUGGAUAAAUUUUAGAUUGAUGCAGGCAAUUGUUUAUCUUUAAUUAAAUAGAAUGACUUCAUCUCUAAAAUGUUUUAUUCUCUCAUGGCUGCCUUUGCUAUAUUUCAUGCCUACAAUGUUUCUACAUCAUAUUUUUUAUACUUCUAUUCUAACUAGCUGCUUUCUCAUUCCCUGAUCAAAACAUAAAUGAACCACUUCUCAAGGGGAAUAAAUAAGACUUUUUGAUCUUUGUAAAGGUGUAACUCCAAACAGAUGUAUGGGAAUAUUGCUGUGGUCACUCACUGCUCAUGAGUAGCAUCCUAUAAGCUCUUCUCUAGAAGGAUAAAUAUAACUUUGUAAAGAUGAAUUUUGGAGGUUACAAAAUUCUUGUUACAGACAUGUUUGAUGCGUGAGUUAGUAAAAAGUGAAAUAGUCAAUUUUUAUUUUACACAAUAUCCCCCCCCCCCUCAUUUUUUACUCUGCUGCUACUUUUGAAACCUUUACUAUCAUGCGAACAUGGCUUAAAAAAACAAUUGUCCAAUGGUUUUGUAAAGACUAACUGAACUAGAGUCAACUUUUGAGAAAAGGGCUAGAACUCUUUGUUCUCACACAUUUUGUGAUCUUUUUGUUUUCUUCCCAUAGAAUGUGGAUCAAUUUGGUUGAGAUUCAUACUUGCUGAUGUCAACUAAUGUGGCAGUGUGAUAGAGAAAUGUAUGUAAGUAGAGACAGAAUACUGACAGGAUUGUACAUGCUGCAUUAGUCUGUGGUAUGUGCUCUCUUUGCAAGGAUAAUUUUGUUGUAUUUCUUAAGUGACAGUCUCACAUUCUGUCACAAAGAUGUAAAUAAAAAAAAAAUCAAGGAAUGUACAAAUACUGAGGUUAAUGAUGAAGCCAAAGUAUUGAAUACUUAAAAACACACUAUGAUUUUUAGCAGUACUCAUUUUAGAAGCAAAUCAACUUUUCUCAUGUAAGAAAUGUUGUUUGUUAUUGGGGUUUUUUUUUUUUGCUUCUUUUUUAAAUGUGUGUGUGUGUUUUUGUUAUUGUUUUUUGUCAAAUGCUUAAUUGAAGUGAUUAGUGGCAGCUCAUUGAGCCGACUGUAGUCUUACAGUCUGUUCUAGUUCUAAGAAACACAUCAACUCAUUCUUUGAACAAGGACUUAGUUCUGUAGUCACUGCUUGUUUCACUGCUCAAUUCUUCUCUUUUUACUUUCAAUAUUUGUUGGGAUUUUUUUUCAGGCAUAACAAUUGUAUAAUUCUUGAAAUUGUUGUCAGCGCUCUAUUUUUAAGACUUGUUGUAACCUGAGCACCUUGUACUUUGAUUCAAACUUCCAUUUGUAUUAUAAUCAUUUUUGUUUGUUUCUUCUCUAGUGAUAGUUGUACCAAGACUCACUCUCUAACUUGUAGACAUAGUCAAAUCACCAUUUAUCAAAUUGGUUUGUUUUCUCUGAGCUCAUUAUAACCAUGUCAUCAAUUUAACCCAACAUUAGUACUCAGUUCUAUCAACCUAGAGUGUGUAUUCCCCUAGGUUUAAUCAACUGACUGUGAGAGAGAAUUGUCUUCUUAGAAAAACAUCAUUUCAUGCAUGGACAUGAAUAAGGCAAAGAACUAUUGGCUGAGACUGAAGGAUGCAAUCAAAUAAACAGAUGUUCAUUUAGUGCCUAUAAUAGAAUAGGCAUAUUCUUUCUAUGUGUAAGUUUCCAACAUUGUUUAAAGUGAUAGCAGUUAUGCUCUCAAUGCUUCACUCUUUUUAGGCUAUACAUUACUGAUUAUUAUGUUACUGUUUAUGCAGUGGUAAAAACAAAAUUACCUAUAGACAAUGAAGGAAAAAACAUACUGUUUCAUUCUGUCUUGCAACAUGGUAACCACAUAUUGUGGAUUAUUAAGAAACAUGAUAACUUAUCUCUAAGGGAAUGCUGCCACAAACCAGUUUGAGCAUAUCACCUCAUAAAUACCCUUCAAAAUGUGGUCCGUUUUUUUUUUCUGUCAUAAUUGUUUAUCCUCCUAACAGCCAUUUGACAUUGACUUUGUAAUGACAGUGAUUCUACAGUAACCAAAUAUCGUUAUUUGUUUACUUAAAUUCUUUUUUUUUUUUUAAAUUAACUGAUAUUUUAUUUUAUUUGAUAAUAAAACAGCUUCAAUAUAAAGCAUCAUAAUAUCUCCUGUGUACAUAUUUUGUGGUUGGUUUUAUUUUGUUUCUUGUGGCACAUCCUCUUCUCACAGAACAUUUGAUUCUUUUCUUUUUACUUUUUUCUUGGAAUGGAAUCAACUAAUGAACUCUAUUAGUUUGUGACUACCAUGAUUUGUUUUGAAGUAACUUUCUUGUUUCAAGUUUAUGUUCCAGUAUUAUUGCUAUCAUUGAACUCAUUUACUUUGAGAUCUUGAUAGUUUUAUUAUCACAUCAGUCUUACACAUCAUCAUUGAAAGAAACUCUUGAAUACAAAACAGAUAUCAGGUCAGGGUAAAACAGCAUGUUAUCAUUGUGGAGCCAGAGUUGAUUCUUUCAAUGUGUCCACCCCUCCUCUGCUUGUCUCUUCAACCACCUCCUUCUUUUCCUUCAUAUCAUCUUUCAAAAGUAGCCUUACCAGAAAGUGUUUGUGACUAGCCUGCACUAUGCUCAGGUUAACACUGAGAAAGGGCUUUGUAUGCUGUUAUAACUUUGUCUGGCCAAUAUCAAUUUGGUAUAUGUCUAAUCUAUAUGUGGUACAUGAUUUGUAUGUUUGUGUGUGACACAAAGACUUGGUGAAUGGAGUUGUGACACCUGGUGUUAUGUGUGUUGUGUAUUUGGGGACGUGUAUGGUGAUUUUGUUGUAUCAUGUAUGAUGUAUCGGAUGCAUUUGUGACCAUUGGUUAUGUGUAUGACAUUAUUGCCUAUAUUACUUGUUGAGGUUAUUGGUUUUUUAAUAUUUUUUAUUAUCAUCAAUAUUCAGAACUUCUGAAUAUUUUGUCUUUUGUUUUUUUCCCUUUAAGACAGUGCUUUGAAACAAAAACUAUAUUAAAAUAUGCCACUACUAA